AUGAACUGUGCGGCGCUUGCUUCGCGGGUGCAGGAUACGCUCGUGCUGGGUGCUACACUCUCAACCACUGCAACCGCCAACACGCUGAUCGCCCUGACGAGCUUCUACCGCGGCCCCGCCAAGCAGCCCGUCUUCAACCUCGGCCCGGCCGCCCUGCAGUCUUUGCUGCAGAACAUCACCAUCUCGCUGCCCACUCUCCAACAGACUACGACCACGACCACAGUCACCAAGACCAUCGCCGUCAACGUCUACCGCUUCCCCCGCCCGGCGCCUCUGAUCACCCCGUACUUCGUUGCGCUGGUCAUGGCCCUCGCGUUUCUGGGAUGGGGCAGCCAUGCUCUCGUGCGAAAUGGUAUCUCGGCUAGCACGAGGGGGCUGUUUCGGACACCGUGCACUACGCGCGGUAUUGAGGAGUUUGAGGUCAAGUUCGGGGAGAUGCAGACGGAGGAUGGGUCGCGCGUGGCGGGGCUGGGGGCGGCGGAGGAGGUUGAUGUUCUGGACAAGAAAGAGCAUAAUAUUGAUAGCAAGCACACUUAA